AUGGAUAAACCACUUGACUUCACUCAUGAUUCCAGCAACAUCCUGUCUGAAGAUCAGCUACAGUGUUCCAUCUGUCUGGAUGUGUUUACUGAUCCAGUCACCACCUCAUGUGGACACAACUUCUGCAGGAGCUGCCUUACACAAUGCUGGGAUAAGAGUCCACAAUGUCACUGUCCAUUAUGUAAAGAGAAAUUCACCAAGAGACCUGAACUCAAGAUCAAUACAACACUGAGGGAGGUUGCUGAUCACUUCAGGAAGAAAGGUGAAGUUGAUAAACCUGAGGUUCUGUGUGAUGUCUGCACUGGAGAGAAGCAGAAAGCUCUGAGAUCAUGUCUGGAUUGUGGUGUGACUUUCUGUGAGUCUCAUCUAGAGCCUCACAUUAAUGUCCCAAAAUAUAAGAAACAUAAACUCAUAAAUCCUGUGAAGAACCUGGAGGACUACAUAUGUCAGAAACAUGAGAAACCUUUCGAACGGUUCUGUAUAGAUGAUCAGAUCUGUGUCUGUCAGUUCUGCACUUUAGAUGAUCACAAGAACCACAACAUUAUUCCUAUAGAGGAGGAGAUUAAUAAGAAGAAGAUUCAGCUGGGUCAGACACAGACGGAGGUGCAGCAAAUGAUCCAGGAUCGACUGAAGAACAUCAAAGAGAUCAACCACUCAGUAGAGCUCAGCAAAAAAAACACAGAGAAAGAAAAAUCUGACAGCAUUAAAACCUUCACUGAUCUGAUUCACUCCAUUGAGAAGAGUCAGACUGAGAUGCUGAAGAUGAUGGAAGAGAAGCAGAAAGUCGUAGAGAAUCAGGCUGAACGAUUCAUUAAAGAUCUGCAGCAGGAAAUCACUGAACUACAGAGGAGAGAAACUGAACUGGAGAAGAUUCUGAACACUGAGGAACAUCUCCACCUCUUACAGGUUAAUCCAACAAUCUGCAGCCCUCCAACCACCAAGAACUGGACCGAUAUUAGUAUUAACACUGAUCCAGAUGUGGAGACUCUGAGAACAUCUCUCUCUCAGCUUCAGAAAACUCUGAAUGAGAAGCUCAGUAAAACUCUGAAUGAGAUGUUGAGAGAAACAGUCUCCACAGAACUGAAGAGGAUUCAGCAGUAUGCAGUGGACGUGACUCUGGAUCCUGAUACAGCUUAUCCUAAACUUGUUCUGUCUGAUGAUGGAAAACAAGUGAAACAUGGAAACACUAAUCAGAAUCUCCCCGACACCCAAAAAAGAUUCACAAGGUACAGUUUCAUCCUGGGAAAGCAGAGUUUCUCCUCAGGUAGAUUUUACUAUGAGGUGCAGGUCAGUGGGACGACCGAGUGGAAUUUAGGAGUUGUCAGAGAGUCUGUAAACAGGAAAGAUGAGAUUAUACUGAGACCUCAGGAUGGAUUCUGGAUUGUAAUUCUGAGGAACAGGGAUGAGUAUAAAGCUUGUGCUGGUCCCCCUAUCCUCCUCUCUCUGAAAGAGAAACUUCAGAAGGUCGGAGUGUUUGUGGAUUAUGAGGAGGGUCUGGUCUCGUUUUAUGAUGUGGAGAACAGGGUUCAUAUCUACUCUUAUACUGGUCAGAUGUUCACUGAGAAACUCUACCCAUACUUCUAUACUGGUAUAAAUGAUGAAGAUGAAAAUGCAGCACCACUCAUCAUCACUCCUGUAAUAAAGACUCGUUUCCUGUCUGAAGAUCAGUUCCAGUGUUCCAUCUGUCUGGAUGUGUUUACUGAUCCAGUCACGACCCCAUGUGGACACAACUUCUGCAAGAGCUGCCUUACACAGUGCUGGAAUCUGAGUCCACAAUGUUACUGUCCAUUAUGUAAAGAGAAAUUCACCAAGAGACCUGAACUCAAGAUCAAUACAACACUGAGGGAGGUUGCUGAUCACUUCAGGAUGAAAUGUCAGGUUGAUAAACACAAGGUUCUUUGUGAUGCCUGCACUGGAGAGAAGCAGAAAGCUCUAAGAUCCUGUCUGGAUUGUGGUCUGACGCUUUGUAAAUCUCAUCUAGAGCCUCAUCAUAAUGUUCUAAAACUUAGAAAACACAAACUCAUAAAUCCUGUGAAGAACCUGGAGGACUACAUAUGCUGGAAGCAUGAAAAAGCUCUGGAACUGUUCUGCAGAGACGAUCAGACGAGUGUGUGUCAGAUCUGCUCUCUGGAUGAUCACAAAAACCACAACAUUAUUUCUAUAGAGAAGGAGACUGGAGAGAAGAAGACUCAACUUGGUAAAACGCUUACAGAGGUGCAGCAGAUGAUCAAGGAUCACCUAAAGAAGAUUCAAGAGAUCAGACAGUCAGUAGAGUUUAGCAAAAAAACCACAAAGAAAGAGAAAACAGAUCGUAAUAAAGUCUUCACAGAUCUGAUUCGCUCCAUUAAGUCGAGUCAGGCUGAACUACGGGAGGUGAUGGAGAAGCAGCAGACAGCCAUAGAGAACCAGGCUGAACGAUUUAUCAAAGAUCUGCAGCAGGAAAUCACUGAACUAAAGAGGAGAGAAACUGAGCUGCAGCAGCUUCUGAACACUGAGGAACAUCUCAACCUUCUACAGAUGACCCAAUCAGUCUGCAACCCUCCAACCACCAAGAACUGGACUGAUACCAGGAUUAACACCGAUCUGAACGGGGAGAAUCUGAUUUCAGCUUUGGUUCAACUUAAGAAAACUCUGAAUGAGAAACUGGAUAAGAGGAUCAAAGAAACAGUCUCUACAGAGCUGAAGAGGAUUCAGCAGUAUGCAGUGGACGUGACUCUGGAUCCGGAUACAGCAAGUCCCUUUCUCAUCCUAUCUGACGACGGAAAACAAGGGACAUGUGAAAACACGAUGCAGAAUCUCCCCGACACCCCAAAAAGAUUCACUUAUUAUGCCAUAGUUCUGGGAAAGCAGAGUUUCUCCUCAGGUAGAUUUUACUAUGAGGUGCAGGUUGGUGGGAAGACCAAGUGGAGUUUAGGAGUCGCCAGAGAGUCUGUAAACAGGAAAGAUGAGAUUACACUGAGACCUCAGGAUGGACUCUGGACUGUGAUUCAGAGGAACAGGGAUGAGUACGAGGCUUGUGAAACUCUGUCUGUCCUCCUCUCUCUGAAAGAGAAACCCAGAAAGGUCGGAGUGUUUGUGGAUUAUGAGGAGGGUCUGGUCUCGUUCUAUGAUGUGGAGAACAGGGUUCAUAUCUACUCUUAUACUGGUCAGACGUUCACUGAGAAACUCUACCCAUACUUCUGUCCUUUCGAUAAUGAUGGAGGUAAAAACUCAGCACCACUCAUCAUCACUCCUGUAUUAAACCGUAAAUAA